AUGUCUGUUUAUCACAUAAUUAAAAAAAGACAAAAAAGGCACCAGGAUGAUGCUCGAAGACAGGGUGUGAAUGCUUCAUUACAAGUACAUAAUAAAGUAGGUAGAAAUUUAGCAAGCAAAGAAGAAGCAACUCCAUCAGGACAAAAUGAUUACGAAGUGGGACAGACGGAAGUUCCUUCUGAAGGAGGAAGACAAGCUUCUCCUGCCGUAGGGGAAAAUACAUGGGGAAUGGAAUAUCCUAAUGUAAGACAAGACCUUCAAAAAUCGGCAGAACAGGAAGCGUCCCUAUUCGGAGAGAGGACAAAUUUUGUCAUAGAAGCUGAUUUCACUCCUUAUGCCGAUUUUGUGCAUACCUGUAUGAAUGCAUAUUAUGAUGAUAGCAAAAAAACGAAAAAACAAAGGGAAAUGGAAGAAAAAAAGAAGGAAGAGGCACUUCUGAAGGAAAAGGAAAAAAGUCAGAAGGAACUAAGUAAAGGAAAAAAAAAAGUCUACAGUGGUCCACUCGCCGCCUUAGAGAAAUAUGAGGAUGAACUGGAAGAAGAACGUAAAAGAUCUUUAAGAUAUGAUAAGGAAAAGCGGAGGAAGGAGAGGGACGAGCGAGUAAUAUUAAACUCAAUGGAUAAGGAAAAAGACAUUAUCGCAGACCACAGGGAAAGGGAAUAUAAGGAAGAACUAGAGGAAGAACGCAAGAGAUCUUUAAGACGUGGUAAAGAAGAACUUAUAGAUGAUGAGGAAGGAAUGCACGAAUUGUUACUUGGGGAAUUUAAAAAAUGGGAGAAUUCUGGAACGCAUACCAUCCCUUCUUCUCACUACGAAGUGCUAUGUUUUGAGGAUAGAUUGAACGAUUAUGAAAUAAAUAAAGAAUUAAAGAAAAUGGAAGAAAUGCCUAAAAAAUGCGAAUUAGUUUCUCUUUACUGGCAAUCAUACAUAAAUGAAAAGAGCAAAUAUAUUAAUGCUAAUAAACGUUUGUUCAAAAAAUUUCUAGAAUUAAAAAAAAAACAAAAUUUCGGGACUAUGGGAAAAUAUAACAAUAAAUGGAAAAAAUGUAGUAAAAUAGUUGGUACUAACUUUAAAGAACAACGCGAAUAUGUUAAUGAUAUAUUUUAUACACAUAUGACAAAGGAAAAUUUGAGCAAAGAUGAAUUUAAAGGGAUUUUGGGCCACGUUAGGGAUUCAUGGAAAGAGGUGACCCUUAAGGUGACGCAAGAAUGUGUAGCUCUUUUGGAAGAACCAAUUGUCCCGGAUGUCAAAAUCCUUGAUUAUGACCCAUAUGAUGGAAUCGCAUAUUUUAAAGUUUCACGUAUCACCAGCCCUCAAGUGAACUCCUAA